AUGUUUACUAGGUACUUAGUACGCUUAAAAUGUUGGUAUCUUGAUUGGGGGGUUUUUAUUUUAUUAUUUAUAUAUACCAGCGAAAUGCUAAAGUCUAGAUUAUCUAUAUAUCAGGCUAAUUUCCCUUCAUCGGGUGCGAUGACACCCAUAAGAGAUUAUGAGUCAGAAAGGGAGCCUGCGACCGAAGACCAGUUGCACCAAAAUGUGGGGAAUCCAUAUGCCAACUCUCUUUGGGAAAGGAUUGGAAACGAUAAACAGCAUAUCGAGGUAAUAAACAGUCGUGCAAAUAAUGCUAAAAGGAGUUAUGAGAGUUCAAGCUCUAGACAUCGUCCCACAAGCUUAAAGCUUGAUGAUGACCCUUCCAAUACAAGAACCAAACGUGUAGAUUCACCUUUGUUACUGAAACACUUUGAUGAUUAUUUAACGGCAAAAUCUCCAAAAAUCGAUGCCAAGCUUCUAAGUCUGUUGGAUACUCUGAGGAAGUUUAUUGAAACAGAGCAGGGCUACUGUGAUAUACUGGAGCUUGCAAAUACCGUUUACAGAUGUGAGAUAAACAACAAGAAAAUGAAAUAUCAGCUUUUGGAUAAGAACAAAAAUGAUGAACUACUGCUAUUUGGAGAUAUUGAAACUCUAUCUUCAAUCAGUAGACUUUUGGUGAGUCAGUUCAAAGAGAGAGUUUCGAAGAACUUGAAAUGGAGAGAUGGUGACCAGUUAUGGGUUGAAUUAAGAAGCAGCCCAGGAUUAGCUAAAAAUGUAAUUGAAGAUUUGAAAAUUGCCGAAUUGCUGUACUUCCAUCUGGAUAGAAUAAAAUAUUUGUAUCUUACAUACGCCAUUAACCACAGGAAGCAAAUAAGGUUAUUAAAAGAGUUGAAGAGGUACAAUGGAAUUGAAUUUUAUAAGUGGUACGACAGGUGUUUACAAAAAGCGGAUUCAAUUAAGCUCGAAUAUAUCCUGACACAACCAAUUGAAAGGCUGAAAAUUUGGGCCAUGCUUUCUGAGGAAUUAAUGCUAUACAGUGAUGGAAUUAUUUCAGAUGAAGCGUCCAAACAGCUGUCGAGUUUCCACAACGAGUAUUCGACGUACCUCAGCCGGAUUAAGAAAAGCGAAGAAGAAUAUGAGAAGCAUGAGAAUCGAGAUCAUAGUCUGACUCCGACUGAAAUAAUUAAAUUAUAUGAAACAUGUAUUGAUUCGAAACAAUCAAUAUUAACACACCCUACUAAGCCAUCUAAAUCAGAGUCAGAGGGUACAACUAAGUCGUUUGUAACCACUACUAGUAGUUUUUACUCAGCGAAUGAGACUGAGGGCGACCUGAAUUAUGAAGAGCAAGGAGUAGACAGACAAGACAAUCUCGAAGAUCCUAGAAGGUUAUCAUCUUACAUUAGUCUUUUUUUUCAACUUCGAAAGGGAUUUAGAACAUUGAAUGAAGAGCUAGAGAGAUUAAACCUAGUGGACAUCGUCGAUAGACAGCUGGAGAAUGCUAAAUGUUGGCAGAGGUUAAUGGAGUUCGAGCCACAAUCAGAGAUCGUCAGGGAAGAUAUCUAUAUGUCCUCCAUAUAUUCAACAUUCAUCGAUAAGCUGCAUCAACAGCGAGAACAAGUCACACUGUUAAGACUCACACAACUGAAAAAAUUACUCCUAGAACCUCUAGGCAUAAUUAUCGUCAGAACAGAUUCUAUAAAACAGAAAAUCGAUGACUUAAAAGUUUUACGGGGAGAUUAUAGAUCGUUUUUAAAACAGAAAGACCACAGAGACAUCAAAAAGGAGGUAAUAGCGAAAAGCUACGAAGCCGCAAAGGAUGAACUAUUACAAGAAUUACCUAUAUUUUUGGAGCUUGCUGAGCAGAGCAUCACAUACAUCUUGUUAAAAUAUCAGUCAAUAAUGCUGCAAUACCUAAAAAUUUUGUGUGGAGGAGAAAAUCUACUCAAAAAGGAACUUAAAAUAUCAAAAGAUAGCGAACGUGAACUUGGUGAUAACUUCGAUAUCCUUCAGAUGUUCUCAUCUUCAAGAUUUUACACUAAGCAGGCUGUUAGAGAAAACUGGCAAUUCCCAGGAAUACCCAGUGCCAGCAGAGUAUUGCGUAAGUUGUUCGAACUUUAA